AAAAAAAAAGGAAAAUAAAAAAAAGAAAAUAAGAAGGAAGCCUGGAGUAACAGUAACUGCCGCCGGGUGGGACGGUGGGGAGAGGUGGAAGAGGAGCCUUCCUCUCCAGAUCCAUCGCCCAGCACCACGCCGGGGUGAAGGGAUGGGAAGCACUGCCAUGGACAAGAAGAAAGAUGCCUCCAGCAGGAGCAGCAGCAGCAGCAGUGGCAGGAAAAGCUCCAGCCAGAAGAAACUCAUGUUGCGAGUGCACAUCCCCGAUCUCAGCUCAUUUGCCAUGCCAUUCUUGGACGGUGAUGUGGAGAGCGCAGACAAAAAUGCUUCUCGCAAGGUGGAAGAAAGCUACUCCACCAGCAGUCCUUCCAAAGGGCUUUUCUCCAAAGGGCUCCAGAACCGACCUUCCAGCCCCGUUUCUGCCCCUGUGAGAUCCAAACAUAGCCCUGGCUCACCCAAAACAGUGUUCCCCUUUCCCUACCAGGAGUCUCCCCCACGCUCCCCACGCCGAAUGAGCUUCAGUGGGAUCUUCAGGUCCUCCUCCAAAGAGUCCUCCCCCAAUUCUAACCCGUCUACCUCUCCUGGGGGCAUCAAGUUUUUCUCCAGAUCAAGAAAAACCUCUGGCCUCUCCUCUUCUCCAUCUACCCCAACACAAGUGACCAAGCAGCCCACAUUUCCUCUUGAAUCCUAUAAGCAUGAGCCUGAGAGACUAGAAACACGGAUUCAUUGUUCUUCACCUCCGGACACAGGGCAGAGAUUUUCUUUGCCUCCAUCUCAAAAUGCAGCCAAGCCUCCAAUCAUGACACCAGCUCCUUGUGCUACCUCAAAACCAGCGGCGGCAGCGGCUCCGGCUCCGUCUCAGCUCCCGGCCGCCUCCGAAGGGAUGCUGGAGAAACUAGAGCUCGAAGAUGAAGCACUUGAAGAAUCGGAAAGUGACAUUUAUGUGCGAUUCAUGAGGUCACACAAGUGUUAUGACAUUGUUCCAACAAGCUCUAAGCUUGUUGUUUUCGACACUACGCUACAAGUAAAGAAAGCCUUUUUUGCCUUGGUGGCAAAUGGUGUAAGAGCAGCUCCACUGUGGGAGAGUAAAAAACAGAGUUUUGUAGGGAUGUUAACAAUUACAGAUUUCAUUAACAUACUGCAUAGAUACUAUAAAUCUCCAAUGGUUCAGAUUUAUGAAUUGGAGGAGCACAAGAUAGAAACCUGGAGGGAGCUUUAUUUACAAGAGACUUUUAAACCUUUAGUGAACAUCUCCCCAGAUGCAAGCCUUUUUGAUGCUGUAUAUUCAUUGAUCAAAAACAAAAUCCACAGAUUGCCAGUUAUAGAUCCAGUCAGUGGAAAUGCACUUUAUAUACUUACCCAUAAAAGAAUCCUCAAGUUCCUCCAGCUUUUUAUGUCAGAGAUGCCAAAGCCUGCCUUUAUGAAGAAGAAUCUGGAUGAACUUGGAAUAGGAACUUACCACAACAUUGCCUUCAUACAUCCAGACACUCCUAUCAUUAAAGCCUUGAAUAUAUUUGUAGAGAGAAGGAUAUCGGCAUUACCUGUUGUGGAUGAGUCAGGAAAAGUUGUAGAUAUUUAUUCCAAAUUUGAUGUAAUAAAUCUUGCUGCUGAAAAAACAUAUAAUAACCUAGAUAUCACGGUGACGCAAGCCCUACAGCACCGUUCUCAGUAUUUUGAAGGUGUCGUAAAGUGUAGUAUGCUGGAAACACUGGAGACCAUUGUGGAUAGAAUAGUGAAAGCUGAAGUUCAUCGUUUGGUGGUAGUGAAUGAAGCAGAUAGCAUUGUGGGUAUUAUCUCACUUUCUGACAUUCUACAGGCUUUGGUACUCACACCUGCAGGUGCCAAACAAAAGGAGCCUGAAAGUGAAUGACUGCGGUGAAUGUACACACGUUUGUAGGAGAAAUUGAACAAAGUUUCUGGGUCAAGUUUGUCUCAAGAACGGUGACUGCAAUAGAACAGAGCAGGAUGGUUGAGAAUGUGUAUUGGGACUUAGUGAUGGAUGAUGAGUCUAUUCCCCCCAGUGAUGUCACAAAAAAAGCAGCAUGACAAAAGCUUAUGUUAAAAUGUAGGCUUGUAUUUCAAAAUGUCUUCAAAACAUUUGCUGGAAGACUUCACAUGAUGUCCUUCAUUAAAAUGCACUGUAUUCUGAAACUUUUUCGUUUUGUAUUUGACAGAAGUCACUGGUCAGCAAUGGAUAUAUGUGACAUAAGGCAAGUGUAUGGCAUAUUCAUAUCAUAGUGCCUUAUGUCAAAAUACAGCAAUAUGUCAUCACUGUUGCCCAUCACUGUCAAAGGAAGUAUUGUGCUAAACGAGACACUGUAUUUGAAUGUGAACGUCUUUAAACCUAAAACCAAAUCAGUUUCAGUUCUCAUUAGAUUUGUCAUAAAAGCUGUAAUUUGAAUAUCGGUAGACUUCUUUCAAACUUCAAUGACAGUUUUGUGUUAAAUGUUGCAUUCUGAACCAAGAUGUAAAACAAGACUGAUUUUAAAAAUGGCUUUAUUUAUUUUUACUUUCAUGACAAUUUUUUACACAUCUCUUGGUGGAUAGCUAAAAUUUCACCAUAUCCAUUAAUAAACUGUUGAUUGUUAUACAAACAAGCAGUAGAUCUUCUCAUUAUUUAAAACCUUGGAGUUGCGGAAGCUGUGGCCUGUUGAUCAGUCCAUAUUACUUGCGCUCAAGAUCUCAGAAGCAUGGAUCCGGUGUGCUCCGUACUGUAACAUGCAGGCACUGUGGUGGAAACAAGGUGCCACAAAACAAGAUUUUCAUCUGUAUUUAAGUGUAAAACAAUGCUUGUACACAAACUUUUUAUUGUAUAUAACUUGUACAGAUGCAGAGGAGCGAGGAAAGCUGUGGGGUAUUUGCUCAUGUGUAAAUGUACUGUAAAGUUUGAAGAUGAGACUUUUAUAACUGUAGAUCCUUGUAGAUGGAAGAAAUUAAACCCUAAAACACCA